AUGCCGAAACCAACUAAAUUACAUUCCAAGGGAAAAUCCACUUCAAUACAAAAGCCAUUUAAGGUGGAGAAAGACAGUGGAGAUGGCAUAGAUCCAGAAGAAUCGCUAAGACAAUUUCAACUUGAAUUGUGUUGGUGUAUUCAACAAUUGGAACGGUCUUUAAAUGAGAAAAAAGGCACCGAAAAACAAUUGCAAGAAGCAUGGAAGGUGCUAACAGUGUUAAAAAACAACAACCAGCCAAUGAUUAGGAAGAGACAACUUAUGAGAACACAUUUUGGUGACUAUAGAGCUAAGAUGGCUGCUGAAGAGAAGAAAUUGGCCAAAAUGGCCAGCAAGAUAAAAAUAUCUGAUGUGCCCGAUAAACCAAAAGCAACAUUCUUGAGAAAGUCUGCAUUUUUGACAACUGGCGAUGAGUCUUUUAGGUUUAAUUUCCACAUAGCACCUGAACAGGCCGGUGCCAGCAGUAGUAUCAUACCAGAUGUUACAACUGAAACAAGUCAAAAUAAUAGCAACACCAAGAAAGAAGUUGUGAUCAGCAAUGAGAAAAUUGGUGAAGAGAAUGUUAAAUCAUUUAAAUUUUCCUUUUCAAACACAGAUUUCAAAUUUAAUUUUAAUGUAGAUAAAUAG